UGUAAACAUUGUAUUCCACAAACUGCACUUUUGAAACAAAUUUUGUAAAAAGGCACUUUAAAACAAUAAACCAUAUAUAUAAACAGCAUAAAUCUGUUCAGUAUCCAAAUCCCUCUGAGUCUCUUACAUAAACAUCAAUCCCAACGAAUCAUCUAUGAAAAAACCCCUUUGAGAAAAAUAAUCCAAAACAAUGUAUUCUUCAUCGUCUGUACUAAAACGCCUCAUUUUGAUCAAUUUCUUAGCCAUACAACUACUCCUUAUAAGCAGCGAAUUGCCCUUAAACACGACCAAUGAGUAUCUCAACCACAAAUGCUUGGUUAGUGAAGGAAAAUACAAGCCGGGAAGUGAAUACGAGAGACAUUUAAAUAAUAUCAUCAAAAUGUUCUACAGUGGCAGUUACAGAGGUUUCUACCUGUCCGGUAUGAAUAAUGAUAACGCUAUCCUCCAGUGCCGCGCCGAUUCCUACGGGACCAAGUGCCACGACUGCUUUGCCACCGCCCUCGCUAAGCUUCGUAGGAAAUGUCCGUGGUACAAGGGCAUGAUAAUUUGGUAUGACCAAUGUCUUCUUGCCAUUACUACUACAGAUGCUAUUGGGAAGAUCGAUUACGACAAUAACUUUUGUAUGUCCAAUGCGAAGAAGUUAGGAGGAGAUAAGAGCGCUUUUACAAGGACUUGGAAAACUCUCAUGGACAAUCUGACAACUUUAGCUACCACCACUAGAGGUAAAGAUGAGUACACAAUGUUCUCUGCGGGGGAGACGUUGUACAAGGGUGAUAAGAUGUAUGGAAUGGUGCAGUGUACAUAUGACUUAUCACUAAGAGCUUGUAAGGAGUGUUUGGUUUUUAAUAGCGUGCGUUUUCAAGAUUGCUUGAGUGAUACACGAGGAGCGAGAUUUGUGGGUGGGACCUGUACUUUUAGGUUUGAGUUUUACCCUUUUCUUUCUAAGCCAGUCCUAAAUAUUUAAUAGCUAAAUAAAUGUUAUACUUUUUGUUUAAAUUUUUUCAGUCCAAAUUUUAUGUAACAUCAAGUGCUACUCUUUUCUAAUGAAUGUUUAAAGAAUAAAAAACAAAAUAAUGUUUGAAUAAAAGAAUGCAAACCUAUUUUGUUGCUUUAGGCUUCAACAAUGUGCUCUCUCCCAUUUCUUUGACAGAGAUCAGUCUAUUUCUUAUGGUUUUAGCAGUUAUAAAAUCCAGAAGAACAAUUCGUAACCAGAGCACUGAAGAACAGAGCUAUAUAUGGUUUCUUAAGAAUUACAGCAAAUUAGAUGAAGAUAAAAAGAUGGAAAGUUUUUGAAGUUUUCAGAUAUCGUUACGUCGCCUGCCUUUGCCGCCAUCAGCGCCGAGAUCUGCCUCAGACUUCUUCUCUGAUCCUAGCGACUCACAUCCUCUAUGGACUAUGGUUCAAGCCCUCCCUCUUCCUUUCUUGCAUCAACUCCUGGUUCUAUAUCUUAGAGUUCUGUAUCCCUUUUGGAAUUCAACUCUUAGCCUAUGUUAAAUAAAUUUGACAUUCAUAUAAAAAAUGUUUAUUGAUUGUGUAGUCGUAUGUAAAUAGGUUCUUUCACUUAGUAAUCUGUUGCACAGACAUUUGUUUGUGAUAGUUUGGACUUUGGAUUCCAGUUUUAAAAUUGUAGCGUUGAACUCAUUUUAACCUAUUUAUUAAUAUCAGUAAAUAAAGUUUCGGUUUUCAUAUUGUGUCGCACUUUACUUCAACAAUUAAUAAUCGACCAAUGCAGAAAUCACGAAACAAAACUAUUUCUGGAUAGAGGUUGUUUACUAUAUAUUAUACUAGGGUCGGACCCGCCCUACGGGCGGAUAUGCAAAUGAACGAAAGAAUAUAAAUAUAUUUUAAAUUUUAAUAAAUUCUCAGUUUAUUUUAAAUUAUAAUUUUCACUAUUUUUACUACAUAUUUUACCAUUUCUUCUUUUUUUAUAAAUUAUAUAUUUGUUACUAUAAUAAAAAAUGUAUAAAGAAAUAUAAGUAAGCUAUAUCUCUUAUUCCAAAAUAAAUUUCAUAAGGAAGCAAAUAGAAAAACUUUUAAAAGUGUUGUAUGAAUACACUAAAAAUUUCUAUGAUUUUUUUUGUAAUACCUCUAUGAAAAAUAUUACUAUUUACUAUAUCAUUUGUUAAACAAUAAACAUAAAACAAUAUAUUGCAAUCUAAUUAUAGUUAAAAUAUAGUUAUGGAUUAAAACUCAGUGUAAAUUGAUAAUUAAGAUAUUCUGAAUAGAUAUGCACAACUUAUUUAAUUUUUUAUUAUUAAAUUUUAUUUUGUUUUAAAAUUACUAUCUUUUCAAAAUACCGAUCAGGUUAUUACAUUGUUAUUAAAAAUAAAAUUUUAUAUAUUUUCUAACUUAAUCUUUUAUUUUUAUAUUUCGUUUACAAUGUCAAGCACUAAUAUAUCAGUUUAAGGAUUUAUGUGAAUUUUGAGUAUAUCUUCAGUCCAACAUUAUGAUCCAAAAGCAUUAUCUUCUUUUUUUAUCUCCAGUAAAAACAUUCAACAAUCUUGAAUAAAUAUCACAAAUUAAAAAUAUAAAUUUUAUUUUUUUAUAACAUCUAUGUUUAUGCAAUCGAGAAUACAUGAUCUUCAUGAAGAAAGACUAGUGAUAUAUUGUGAUACAUGAUAAUGAAAUUUAAAAGAAUUGUCUAAAGGCCUAGUAGUUUCUAAUCAAUCUGCUACUUUGUCUGCCUCCCUUUUAGUCCAUCAGAAUGAAACUGCUUCAAACUUAGUCGACCACCAUUUGAUCUCCCUCGUUCAAAGAGUAGCAUUUUGUUGUUUAAUACGUCAACAGCUUUUUUACUGUCUCCCUCCGUGAUAAUUGUUUUUUGGAUCCGAGAGCCCAACAAUGUUGUAAUGCCAUCAAAAGGGCUUGUAUUACGAAAGGGUUUUGUACCUUCCUUCCCACUGCUUGAGAGCAUCCUUUAUAGUUACCUUCACUGUUAAUACACUGUCACGUAAAACCCACCCUGCAGUUCCAUUAGAUUUUCAUCGAGAAAAGACCCAUCAGUGUUGCAUUUGAUCCAGUCUCGAGGAGACAGAAUCCAAUGAUGUUGUCGCUGCACCUUAGCUGUUCUUCUCCUCUGUUGAGGCUCAUCCCCUCCCAUGCUCUCUGCUUGUUUCCAUUCCUUUGCAUCAGAUUUAGCAUAUUGGAGGAGAAAUUUCCAAUGAAGAUUACUUUGUUAACAAUGGGGGUGAUUAGUUGGGAUGUAGGAAGUGACUUUAGCUUUAAUUUUCAUCUACAACCCUAAAUACUACUAAUCAUGCUUUAUCUUGGUUUUUAAAGGUACAACCAAAAAAUUAAAGCUACAGAAAAAACACACAAAAAAUAGCUGUAAACAUCUUAUUUUCUAAAACCCUAUUUUUUAGCUGUAGGAAAUUUUAAAACUACAUUACUUAAAGCUAAAUCAAAAAUCCUACAGACAAAAUGCUAAAGUAAAUUUUCUACAGUUACAACCCAACCAAUCACCCCCAAUAUAAAUUAUUUCUAAUUCGAUAGCUU